UAUCUGAGAGGGUAGGACAAGUUCAUAACAUACAGCAGCUUCCCUCAGGCAAGAGAUUUCUAUCUCUAGUAGUGAAUUAGUUUGUCAAUCUAGCUGAAGGGAGUGGGGAAGAUGGGCAGAGUGAGAAAGAGGAAGUGAAAAAGGAUUGGGGAAGUGAGUCCAAACUACAACUGUGAGGCUGCCCUGUUUGCCUUACUCCAUUAAUUAAAAUAAUUCAGCUACCGAGCAAUCCUACCGGGAAAUACUCUGUACGGAGGAUAAGGAGAGACCAUGAGACCUACAAAGGGAUCUCAGCUGUUCAUUUUGAGUGUGGUUCUGGUGACUGCCCAGGCACUCACUGUGAACACACGUGUCAAGGAAGUAAAGGUAGCACAAGGAACUAACACCACCCUCCCAUGUGAAUUCCAGACCUCUGCUGCCACCAGCAGCGCAGACUUCAUUGCCUGGAGAAAAAUAUCUCAGGAGAAAGAUGCUGUCACAAGGUAUUUUGAUGGCUAUGAGCACUAUGGCCAGGGUUACGAAGGCCGUCUGCAAUUCCCUGGCAGUACAGUCACAGAUGUCAGCAUCACCCUCCGGGGGGUGACCAUGGCAGACAAUGGAACUUACAGAUGCACCGUCCAAGUGCGCACAGAUCUCCCCAGGGCCUCUGCAGAGAUAGAUCUUUUGGUCCUUGUGGCUCCAUCCAAGCCGGAGUGUAAAGUCAUAGGGACAUCAGAAUACGGACAGACCAUCAACCUGACCUGCAACUCUCAACAGGGGUCUCCAAAACCUGAGUAUACCUGGCAAAGCUUCAGCAUACUGAACCAGCCCCGACCACUGGUGUCAGCAUCAGGACAACAGGUAACUCUGAAGAACAUCUCUGCAGACACCUCCGGCUUUUACAUUUGCACUGUCACAAACAGCGUUGGACAAGAGUUCUGCAACAUGACAGUCUCCAUUGUACCUCCAUCCAUGAACAUUGCCCUCUAUGCUGGAGUCAUUGGUGGUAUAGUUGCUGCAAUCAUUGUCAUUGGGAUUUUGGCCUACUGCUGCUGCUGCCGGGGCAGCAAUGACAAGGACUAUGAGAUGACUGAGCCAGAAGAGCAUGAGAAGGAGCUCGUCAGGAUUCGGGGACCAGCUGAAGAAGAGGUGGAGGAGGAGGAACAUCGGACAAGAGACAGGCCACAGAUGCCACCCACCAACACACCCCGGCUAGAUAUUUCACAUGCUGAGGCAUAGUCACUCCCAGAAUAGGAAAGGCAAGGAAGAGGGGACUGAUUUAAGAAACACUGUUUACUCCCGACUGCUCUGAUCUCUGGUGUGGCGUAAAUUGUGAGCUUCCAGGGUCUGGAGUCCGUUUCUUUAAAUGGGAAGUGCAUUAGGCACCACUCUAAAUAAAUAAGUAAAUAAGACACUAUGUGGAAUCAAAACUUAUUUCCCAGCACUAGAACCCCUGCUUCACCCACCGUAACCCACCUUUUUUCAGAAGAGACCAUGUCAGGUUUAUUUGGGGAGCAAGGGGUAAAUCCCCACAAUGCAAAUUACUCUGUAUCAUUAGAUCCACAGAAGAUUUCAGAUUCAUUAAUUGGGGCUCACUGGGAAAGGGCAGACUGGUUAAUUUGGGUACUUUGGUAAAUGCCACAGGUUUCAGCCAAUAGCAUGCACUGUAUUUGGCCACUGGGCACAAGCACAGUGGCAUUACCCAGUAUCGGAUUGUUUUAACUUUAAUUUGAUUUUGAGAAGCAGGCUAGUUUAGAAAAUGUCAGGUUUCUUCUUAAGCUUUCACUAAACAGGGCUUUUGUAUAUAAUCAAAAAUAUGUAACAAAAAUAUAGAACAUUUUUUAAGGUUGCCAGGAGCCUCCGCUGGGAACAGCUAUUGCAUUGGUACUAAUGGGAUGUCUAAAAACAGCAGAACUGACCAUUUGAUCUUACUUUUUGUACUUGCAAAGCUUUUUUGUACUGUAUAGGCAUUGUCUGCAGCAGCUGGACUCUAAUCCAUAAUUGGCAGCUGGGAGAUCUAACAACCAAUCCUUCACCACCUCACUCCAUUUGCCUCUGCACAGAACAGACCUGUUCCCUCCCAAAGGGAUUCUAAAUGUGCAUUUUCAUGUCCCAUCCCAGAGUCCUCUAUCCUCUACUUACUCUCCCACCCCAGCAACAGAAGGGGCAGACAGUGGACUAUCUUCCCUUCACACAUGUAGUUGUCAGGGGAAGGGAGAAAUCAUGGAAGUUAGUAUCAGAGGGGUAGCCAUGUUAGUCUGUAUCCACAAAACCAACGAGAAGUCCGGUGGCACCUUAAAGACUAACAGAUUUAUUUGGGCAUAAGCUUUCGUGGGUAAAAAACCUACUUCUUCAGAUGCAUAUGGGUUUUUUAUCCAUGAAAGCUUAUGCCCAAAUAAAUCUGUUAGUCUUUAAGGUGCCUCCAGACUCCUUGUUGUUAACAUGGCAGUUGGAUCUUUUCAAAGAGAAGGCUAGAAGAAAAAUAUUCUAAUUUUUCUUUGAGUGCUGCAUGAAGGAAGUAAAGUACAGAUCAAUGCACUCAGCGUAGAGUAUCAGUGUCCCACACUAUAUUCAAAACUGUCACACAUUCCCUCUCCCACCAGCAGUUUAGGGACUACCCUCAAACUGGCAUUUGCAAGUCCCAAAAAGAUAGCUCUUCAUUUCCCCAUCACUAUUCUCCUAUCUCCUGCUUAUGACACAAAGGACAGUCUCAUAUUUUCCAAAAGGCUUUUACAAUCUUAUUUUUUUAUUGGGCUAGUUAAAUUCUGUUUUUAAAAAAAUCUGAUAAAAAUGUUUUUUUAUUGAUACAUUGUUAUCCCUUUAAUAUUGUAUUGUUCCUCUGCCUUCAAUGACUUUGCAGAACUCACAACAGCUGCUCAGGGAAACGUAGCCACUGUUAAAACAACAACAAUCUAAAAAAUAAAAGAAGGUACAUCAGAACAACACUGAAAGUCUCCCAAUUUUUUCUAACAUUUCAAUAUUGUACAGCAUUUGUAAUCAAACUAUCAGAAUAGGACCUUUCUUUUGGCAUUUAUUUUAUAUCUGAUAAUCAGCAGAAAUUUACAAUUUACUCUUUGCAAUUAUUAGAUCAUAAAUGUACCUACUACAACUGUUUUCAAAAUAUGUACAAAACCAUCUCCUUGCACUGAAGAAGUAAAAGUCUAACUCAGAAAUGUACAGUUCAGAUGCAUGAUAGCCAGAGACAUCAGACAUGGGCAUAAUGUAGGAAGGCUUCAUUUAAAAGUGGGUUUUAAAGGAGAGAAUUGCAGAGAGGGUGUUGCACACAGGAACUGGGAAACCAUUCCAAGCAGAAGGUGCAUAAAAAGGCAUGAAGCUGAGAAGAGAUGCCAAAAGUUUUUUAGGAUACAGAGGCAUGUAGAAAGAAGAGGGGGCUUAAGAAGAAAGAGGAGCAGAACUGUAGGUGAGGUAGAGUUACAAAGAACCUACAAGGUCAAGAGGAAGUAUCUGAAUUUGAUGCAGUGAGACAGGAAGCUAAUGAAGGAACUAAAGAAGGAAAACUACUGCAGUAGCAUUUUGAAUACAGUUACAGUAGUCAAACAAUGACCAAAGCUCUCAGCAAUGAUUUAGCAGUAGAGGGCAGAAUGUGAAGGUCAGAUUUUAGUGAUAUUGGGAGGAGGGGAGUAGCAACAUGAUCUAGUGAGUCUGGAUGGAGCAAGGCACAAGCAAGGGGAGAAAAAGGGGAGUUGAAGGCAAAGCUGUGAGGCUGACGGACUGGCUGUAAUGGUUUGAACUGUUAUAUUAAACUGCAGUUUUCCUUUAAGUGAAUUUGCCAUUGUAAUGUUUCUGUUCAUGGGCAAUAACUGUUUACAACUGUCUUUUCAACAGUAAA